UCACACAAACUAAUGUAAACAGUAGCUUUUGAUAUUGUAAGUAGCUGUGGUCGGGUAUUUCAACAAGUAUUAUGUACCCAAUGUGCAGCCCAUGGAAACUAACAAUGUUGCAUGUAUGUAACUUCAAAUUGGAUAAACCAUGACAUUAAGAAAUAGCCUAUAGUAGAAUGUGUGUAACCUAGAUUGAGUCAAAACUAGUGUGUAGAACUGCCCAAAUCGCCUCAAAUUAAUGUAACGUCUUUAGUUACUGUGUCCUCUGUGAAACGUCUAAAAAACAAAUUGACCUGUCCAUUCGUGACAUCGCUCCUCCCUGGAGUGGCAUACUGUCUUGAUAAGAGCUUUACAAUUAGAAUAAGCUGCAAAUGGACAAAUAAUGUCCGUCAAUUAUUCAGAGGAAGCUGAGAGGGAAGCUUUACAACGAUCGUAAUUGUGAUUUCAUUACUGUUCAGUAAAAAUAGAAAUUAUAAUGUUCUGAUGUGUCACAGGGAGUGAGCCAGGACAACAUGACAGUGGAUUUCAAAUAAGUUAAAUUUAAGUAUUUUAGUAUGUAAUUUGGCGAAUUGUAGCUAGAUUAACACCUUGUUAUAAUGGGCUAGAACGGCUGUGCUCAGGCUAAUUUGUUAUGCAUUAUAUUCUUAUGUAUUGAAAAGGGAUAUGCAACAUGGCUCGGCUGUAGGCAUUCAAAUACCAGCCCUUAUUAAUACCAUUAGGCUAUAAUUGUAUCUAAGAACAUACUCAGACCUAAUUGAUGGGUUGUCCUAUAAACGAUUACGAGUUGCUGUUUUAGAACGUCUUGUCGAUCAUUUAGCCUUUUCCUGACCGCUGAUUUUUCUACCACUCUGCAAAAAAGUUUUCGACAAGGAGUUUUUCAAUUGAUGCCUUUGCAUAGAUAAGUCUUGCUGAAAAGGAGAGAAUGGGUAGGCAGAUCUGGGAUGUAGCUCGUGAGGGAGGGAGAGAGAGAACAUCCUCAAAAAAGGAAAGAUUCCAAGCCUGUGCCGAUUCAUUGCAUCUUGAUGUCAAAUGCCUCGGGUCUGAGGAAUCGGCAUCACAAGAUACUGAAGGAAAGAGUCCUAAGACUUAGCUGAUGGUCCAGGCACAAUCUGCCUCGCCAGCAGGGGGUGCCGAUGGGGAGGGCACAGAGGAGCAGUAUGUCUAUAGACUGGGGAUCUAUGGAUGGAGGAAGCGCAGCCUCUACCUGCUGGUGAUACUACUGCUCUCCAUACUGGUCAUCAACUUUGCUUUGACUGUCUGGAUCCUCAGGGUCACCUGCCUCAAUACUGAGGGAAUGGGACAACUGAGGAUAAGGGCAGGCAGGGUGAGGCUUGAUGGAGUGUCUGAGUUUCUCUUCCCCCUCUUUGCUCAAGAGAUUGGCUCAAAACAGGAGACAUCUCUUCUCGUCCACUCCGAGACUCACAAUGUCUCAAUAAAGUCCAUUAAUAGAAGAGGAGGCGUGUCAAGCAGCCUAACUCUGGGUCCACAGUCCAUAGACAUCACAGGCAAACGCUUUGAGGUGAUGUCUAACACUGGGACUAGUCUGUUUUCUGCCGGGCCAGAACAUUGCGUAGUUGGAGUAGGGAAGCUAACAGUCACAGGUGAAGAUGGUGCUGAGUGUGAUCACUCCAUUGAGACACCACUAGUCAGGGCUGAAGGUUCCAAACACCUCAGUCUAGAAGCCCCCACCCGCUCCCUCUACAUGGACGCACCUAAGGGUGUCCACAUCAAUGCUGAGUCGGGUAGCACCAAAGCCCUGUCCAACACAGACAUCUCCCUACUGUCCACGGACGGAGUGUUGGUUCUGGAUGCUGAGUGGGUACGACUGCCGAGGCUGCCUUUGAGUGGGCAGGCAGAGGGAACAGGACAGGAUGAGGAGCAGCCGCUGUAUGAAGUGUGUGUUUGUCCGGAUGGGAGGCUGUACACCUCUGAGGCUGGACUCACUUCCACCUGCCAUGACUACAGUGGGAAGUGUUAAAGCAACACUGUGGACAACAGGCCUGUAUCACUGUGGCAUGAAGAUGAAAUUCAUGAGAUGUAAGUUGCCAUAAAUGGAAAAAAGGAUGGACAUAUUUUAAUAAAGAGAUUUCUCCCCCCCCC